ACAGCCUCCCCUAUCACUUAAGCUGGGUACUUGAAAUGCACCCUUCAUGUGGGCUGAAUAUACCCUUCUCUUGUAGUUGAGCCUUGAUUUCUGUUGGCAGAUCAACGGGAAGUAUUUACCCAGGCCAGUCAGCUGCAAAGACUGGCUGUAACCACUGAUCACCAACGUCUGUCUUCUGUGGUUCAAGGUCAGGGUGGUGGUGCUCCACUGUGGUCUAUAGCUGUCUACUGGGUACACAAGCUCCGGAGUUUUCCAGGUGGUAUAGGCCAAGGUCAGCCCACACCUGUGUUUUGCUUGGGGCCACCCUGACUGGCCUAUAAAGCAAUCUGACAAGGCUCUUAACUUGUGCUUGGCUUGGAGAUUCUCAGGCAAAGCCAAGCUGUGAAUCUAGGCUGGCUGCUGCUAGUGCUGAGCCUGGGGCCACUUAGCAAGUGGUGUGGGCACAGGGGGUUCACUGAGGUUGGCUGUUGCUUGUUUGAUAGGAUAUAGGAAGUUUUGAAGCAUGAGUAAAGACCACCCAUUCAUAUAGAAAAGGCUCUGUUAACAGCUUGGAUGGGCUAGUGAGUUGGGUGGGAUGGAAUCUCAGGGGAUCUCCGGGGUGGGACAAACAGUGUUAGCCAGGUUGAUGGAGUCUGAGAUAUAGCACCUGCCUGCCAGCUCUGAGACUCUGUGGGGAAGGGUUCAGAAAAGGGACAAUGGCCUCUGCCCGCCAUUCAGUCUCAGGGAAAGUUGUCCCUAAGCUGUCACCUUGACGCUAGAUACUUCAGUUCCUCCCUGAAUGCCACUGGUAUCUUUCAAGCCGCUACCCUGGUGAUGGAGCUCGGAGGAACUGAGUCUGAGCCCGAUGAGAGAAAGGGAAAGUUAAGGAUGCUGGAGCAGAACAAUGGAUUUCUCUUUCUCUUUCAUGCAAGGGAUCAUGGGAAACACAAUUCAGCAACCACCUCAACUCAUUGACUCCGCCAACAUCCGCCAGGAGGAUGCCUUUGAUAACAACAGUGACAUUGUCGAAGAUGGUGGCCAUACACCAUAUGAAGCUACCUUGCAGCAAGGCUUUCAGUACCCAUCUACAACAGAAGAUCUUCCUCCACUCACAAAUGGCUACCCACCAUCAAUCAGCAUGUAUGAAACUCAAACCAAAUACCAGUCCUAUAAUCAGUAUCCCAAUGGAUCGGCCAAUGGUUAUGGUGCAGUUAGAAACUUUAACCCCCCUGACUAUUACCAUUCAGAAAUUUCAAACACAAGACCACAUGAAAUUCUGGAAAAACCUUCUCCUCCACAGCUCCCACCUCCUCCUUCAGUACCACAGACUGUGAUUCCAAAGAAGACUGGCUCACCUGAAAUUAAACUAAAAAUAACCAAAACUAUCCAGAAUGGCAGGGAAUUGUUUGAGUCUUCCCUUUGUGGAGACCUUUUAAAUGAAGUCCAGGCAAGUGAGCACACAAAGUCAAAGCAUGAAAGCAGAAAGGAAAAGAGGAAAAAAAGCAACAAGCAUGACUCAUCUAGAUCCGAAGAGCGCAAGUCACACAAAAUCCCCAAAUUAGAACCAGAGGAACAAAGUAGACCAAAUGAGAGAGUUGACCCUGUUUCCGAAAAACCAAGAGAAGAUCCAGUACUAAAAGAGGAAACCCUGGCGCAACCGAUAGUACCUUCUGUUCCAACAGUGGAAGUGUCCGCUGGUGUUAAGUUCCAGGUUGGCGAUCUGGUUUGGUCAAAGGUGGGAACCUAUCCUUGGUGGCCUUGUAUGGUUUCAAGCGAUCCCCAGCUCGAGGUUCAUACCAAAAUUAACACAAGAGGUGCCCGGGAAUAUCACGUCCAGUUUUUUAGCAACCAACCAGAGAGGGCAUGGGUUCAUGAAAAACGGGUGCGAGAGUACAAAGGUCAUAAACAGUAUGAGGAAUUACUGGCUGAGGCAACCAAACAAGCCAGCAACCACUCUGAGAAACAAAAGAUUCGGAAACCCCGGCCACAGAGAGAACGCGCUCAGUGGGAUAUUGGCAUUGCCCAUGCAGAGAAAGCGUUGAAAAUGACCCGAGAGGAAAGAAUAGAACAGUAUACUUUUAUCUAUAUUGAUAAACAGCCUGAGGAGGCUUUGCCGCAAGCAAAAAAGAAUGUUGCCUCCAAAGCUGAAGUUAAAAAAACCCGGAGACCAAGAUCAGUGCUGAAUACUCAGCCAGAACAGACCAAUGCGAGUGAGGUGGCCUCCUCACUUUCAAUUACUGAGGUUCGGAGACAGAGCCAGAGGCGGCACACGAGUGUGGAAGAGGAAGAACCACCUCCUGUUAAAAUAGCCUGGAAAACAGCAGCAGCAAGGAAGUCUUUACCAGCUUCUAUUACAAUGCACAAAGGGAGCUUGGAUUUACAGAAGUGUAACAUGUCUCCAGUUGUGAAAAUAGAACAAGUGUUUGCUCUUCAGAAUGCUACAGGAGAUGGGAAAUUUAUCGAUCAAUUUGUUUAUUCAACGAAGGGAAUCGGUAACAAAACGGAAAUAAGUGUCAGGGGACAAGACAGACUUAUAAUUUCUACACCAAACCAGAGAAAUGAAAAGGCAACUCAGAAUGUGUCGUCUCCUGAAGCAACACCUGGUUCUGCAGGCUCAGUAGAAAAGAAGCAGCAGAGAAGAUCAAUUAGAACUCGUUCUGAAUCAGAGAAAUCCACUGAAGUUGUGCCAAAGAAGAAGAUCAAAAAGGAGCAGGUUGAAGCAGUUCCUCAGGCUACAGUGAAGACUGGAUUACAGAAAGGUGCCAGCGAGAUUUCAGAUUCCUGUAAACCUCUAAAGAAAAGGAGUCGCGCCUCCACUGAUGUAGAAAUGACUAGUUCAGCAUACAGAGACACAUCUGACUCCGAUUCUAGAGGCCUGAGUGACGUGCAGGUAGGCUUUGGGAAGCAAGUAGAUAGCCCUUCAGCUGCUGCAGAUGUGGAUGCUUCUGAUGUGCAGUCCAUGGACUCAAGUUUGUCAAGAAGAGGCGUCGGGACGAGUAAGAAGGACACUGUGUGUCAGAUCUGCGAGAGCCCUGCUGACUGCCUGGUUCCCUGCGAGGGAGAGUGCUACACAUACUUCCACCUGGAGUGCCUGGGGUCGCCAUCGCUCCCUGACGGGAAGUUCGUCUGCCCAGAAUGUAGAACCGGACGGCACCCAUGUUUUUCAUGUAAGGUGUCUGGUGCCGAAGUGAAGCGUUGCUCUGUUGGUGCUUGUGGGAAAUUUUACCACGAAGCCUGUGUCCGCAAGUUCCCCACUGCCGUCUUUGAGUCAAAAGGAUUCCGCUGUCCCCAGCACUGCUGCUCCGCCUGCUCGAUGGAGAAGGACAUGCACAAAGCAAGUAAAGGUCGCAUGAUGCGCUGUUUGAGAUGUCCAGUAGCCUAUCACUCCGGAGAUGCUUGCGUUGCUGCUGGAAGCAUAUUUGUGUCCUCCUACAUUCUCAUCUGUAGUAAUCAUUCCAAACGUAGCAGUAAUUCAUCCUCUGCUGUAAAUGUAGGCUUUUGUUUCGUUUGUGCAAGAGGGCUGAUAGUUCAGGACCAUUCAGACCCCAUGUUCAGUUCAUAUGCCUAUAAGUCCCACUACCUACUGAAUGAAUCAAAUCGUGCAGAGUUGAUGAAAUUACCUAUGAUUCCUUCUUCGUCAGCUUCCAAAAAGAAAUGUGAGAAAGUUAUUAAGGCUGUUUAUUUGUUUCAAGGUGGAAGAUUGCUCUGCUGUGAAUCGUGCCCAGCUUCCUUCCACCCGGAAUGCCUGAGCAUAGACAUGCCAGAAGGCUGCUGGAGUUGCAACGACUGUAAAGCCGGCAAGAAACUACGUUACAAGCAGAUUGUUUGGGUCAAAUUGGGGAAUUACAGGUGGUGGCCAGCAGAGAUCUGCAACCCCAGGUCUGUGCCACUGAACAUCCAGGGCCUUAAGCACGACUUGGGAGACUUCCCUGUGUUCUUCUUUGGUUCUCACGACUACUAUUGGGUACACCAGGGCAGAGUGUUCCCUUAUGUCGAAGGAGACAAAAGCUUUGCCGAUGGACAGACUAGUAUCAACAAGACCUUCAAAAAAGCUCUGGAAGAAGCUGCAAAACGUUUCCAAGAACUGAAAGCACAAAGAGAAAGUAAAGAAGCACUAGAGGUUGAAAAAAACUCAAGAAAACCUCCUCCUUACAAACACAUCAAAGCCAACAAAGUAAUUGGGAAGGUGCAGAUCCAGGUUGCGGACCUGUCCGAGAUCCCCCGCUGCGGCUGCAAGCCAGCUGAUGAGAACCCCUGCGGCUUGGACUCCCAGUGCCUGAACCGCAUGCUGCAGUACGAGUGUCACCCGCAGGUGUGCCCGGCUGGGGACCGCUGCCAGAACCAGUGCUUCACAAAGAGGCUGUACCCUGAGUCGGAAAUCUUCAAAACAGAGCGGAGAGGCUGGGGCCUCAGGACCAAAAGGAACAUUAAGAAGGGCGAAUUUGUAAAUGAAUAUGUUGGCGAAUUAAUUGAUGAAGAAGAAUGCAGAUUGCGCAUCAAGCGAGCCCAGGAGAACAGUGUAACUAAUUUUUAUAUGUUAAUCGUUACCAAGGACCGUAUAAUUGAUGCUGGCCCAAAAGGAAAUUACUCUCGCUUUAUGAACCACAGUUGCAAUCCAAAUUGUGAAACACAAAAAUGGACAGUAAAUGGAGAGGUUCGAGUCGGGCUGUUUGCGCUUUGUGAUAUUCCUGCAGGGACGGAGUUAACUUUUAAUUACAACCUGGAUUGUCUGGGCAAUGGCAGAACGGAGUGCCACUGCGGGGCAGAGAACUGCAGCGGCUUUCUUGGAGUGCGGCCAAAGUCGGCAAGUGUGUCAACAACUGAAGAAAGGGCAAAAAAUGCUAAGCUGAAGCAGAAGAGACGGAAAAUCAAAACAGAACCAAAGCAGAUGCAUGAAGAUUACUGUUUUCAGUGUGGAGAUGGUGGAGAGCUGGUCAUGUGUGACAAAAAAGACUGCCCCAAAGCAUACCACCUCCUAUGCCUUAACCUGACUCAGCCGCCGUAUGGAAAGUGGGAAUGCCCGUGGCAUCAGUGCAGUAUGUGCAGCAGUGCAGCUGUUACCUUCUGCGAGUUCUGUCCACAUUCCUUUUGUAAAGAUCACGAAAAGGGAGCUCUGGUUCCCUCUGCACUGGAAGGCCUUCUUUGCUGCUCUGAACAUGACCCCGAGUCUCCUGUGUCACCAGAAUACUGGAGCAAGAUCAAAUGUAAAUUGGAAUCACAAGAUCAUGGAGAAGAAGUAAAAGAAUAAAUGGGUGGUGAUUUCCUUUUUUCCUUUUUAGUUAAACGGGGGUAAAAAGCAAAAAUUAAGUUGAUGCAUUCGCAAGAGGAGAGACCACGGCAGUGCACACAGCCCUCGCCAUCAGUACUGCCUUACUGACUGAGAAUGGGGGCCUGCUCCUGCAGGGAGAAGCGGCUGGUGAUACCUGGCUUUUCUGUUUUGUUUUGCUGGUUUGAGGGUUCUUUUGUGUGCGUGGGUGGUGGAUUCCCUGGGUCCUUUCUUGCCUUUUGUUGUGCUUCAGUGUCUUGCAGCCAGAAAAGGAAGUGUCUUGGCUUUUAAAAUUAGAGCAAGGAGAAAAGUUUGUCAAUGAGAUAAAUGUAAGGUCUAUGAUGCGUUCCUUGGGUGUUAAAAGCAAAAGUCACCAUCAUUCCUUUAUUUAUUUUUAUUUUAAAAAAUUUGAGAAGUGUAGUUCAGAUAGUCUACUCAGUGUGUGUGUGUGUGUGUGUGUGUGUGUGUGUGUGUGUGUGUGUGUGUGUGUGUGUGUAGUAGGAAUUGGAGAAAGCCCUCUAGCAAAGGAGAUGACGAUCUUUAUAUACCUCUUUACUGAAUAGUGGGUAGGCUAACUUCUCUUUCUCUUCAAAAUGUCUCUCAUAGUCUUAGAGAAGCAUUCUAUGGAAGUAUUGAAUCUGGCUUCUUGCAAACGUAAUGCCUCAAUGGAUUUUACCUCUGUGGUCUUUCAACCAGGGGGGCUUUGUGAUACGAUAAGUUUACAUAGAAAGGUAUAAUGUGGUUUUUGGUUUUGUUUUGAAGGAAAAAGAGAAAUGGAGGUACUUACUGAAUUCAGAAUGUUUUCCAUUAACAGUGUGGGUAUUUUUGAUGAAGUGUGUUUGUGUGGACAGGAAUGCAUAGUGUUAGAGUGGUCAUUCCUGUUUCUUGACACAUCGAUAAAGGCAGCUAAAGGAAGAGGAAUGGCACAGACCAAAAAAGUUGGAUCAUAUAAGUAAGCAUCAUUUUCUGUCACACCCUGGUCUGACUUGGAAAGAAUUGAGGACAUUUUAUCUCCUGUCCCUUCUUCCCUCCCCCUAAUCAAACAUUCCCUUUGUCAGUUGACCCCUCAGCCUUGUUUCGUGGUGAAGCUCACAAAUGAAUUUGAAUUGUAUUUGAAUAACUCUUGUUGGUUUAGUUCCUAUGGGGGAGUGCGGAGCAUCCCAAAGUUGUAUGUCGGCAAUUUCUAUUUAGUGUUACACAGUGCUUAACAUCGCCCGCAUGGAAGGAGGGAGGGGAAGCACUUCUACAGGGCAUGUGAGAGCCGCACAAACAUACUUCAUCUUUGGAAGCACUGAGGGGAAGCUUCCUAGAAAGCAGUGUUAGCGAACACGGUUGGCUGUAAUGCUUGGAUCUCAUAAUCCGAGUCUACCAAGAUGUCUGCCCACAAAACUCACUUGCUCUUAAUGCUUAGGAAUAUGUAUAUUCCAGUAUUCCUUGUAUGAAAUAAUUAGUAAUGUCAGACAUUGUUGUAACACUGUACUAAGUAGAAGUCUAGAAUUAGCUUGAAUGAACGUUAACUUGCUCUGUGAAUUUUGACUGCCUACAAUUGCUGGUACCUGGUAGCAUUUAUUUUCCCUCCAGAAGGUACCUAGUGACCUUGCGAAGGGAGGGAGGGUGGAUGCUCCACCACAUUCCUCCGGUUGUGCUACGUGUGUUCCUUUUCCUUAUCAGUCUAGAGCUCUCCUCUGGAAAACAAGAAGAAAAGCUGUUUUGUGCCUCUUUUUUUUGUAUGUAAAUGUGCAAUUAUACUGGAUUUUGUCUUGUAAAAAAAACAAAACAGAACAAAAAACACUACAUUUCCUUCACUUAAGCUCCUAAACUGCCAUUUGCCUGAUUCUGGCUAUUAAUGCUGAGGUAACUUAUUGGGCCUCCAGUAAUUUUAUUGAUUAGAUAUGGUUCCAAAAGAGAGAGCAAAAUGGAAAUGCUAUACAUGUUACCAUGUAUAUGAUUGCUACAGGUAACAUGAAUCAUAUCUCACCAAAACACUAAACUUUGCUCUUGAACAAUUAUACACUUUGAUGUCCUUUUAAAAAAUAAUUUAAGAAAAUCUAGGUUUUAUCAUACUAAAACUUUAUUUUAUAUAUGUAUAUGAUAAAUGUUUGCUUUUUAAAACUUACUAACAUGAAGGAUUUCCUUUAAUAUUGAAAAUGCAACUCUUGGUGAAGCAGUAUCCAACAUGAAAUCUUAUCUCCUUAGUGCUAUUUAAUAUCUGAGACUUUUAUAUGGUAAGCCAGGGUAUAUCCUAUAUACUGCAAACACCUUAGGUUUAAGUAUUUUUAUGCAGUUUCUUCAUUGUGUCACACUUUGUUUGUAUAUCUAUAACAGAGCUCUGCUGAGACUUCUUAAUCUUGCGGGGCGGGAGGGUGUGCUGACUAAUAGGAUCGCUCUGCCAUUUCAGAAACCAGGGUAGAAAAUGAAAUAGCUACCCACAGCUCUGGAGUCUUUGUCCAUGAGUGUUCUUUAACUGUCUAAACGGCAGUGUCGGUCGUGCCAGUGCCAAGGAGCUCUUCUCACACCUCCAUUGGGUCACUGUCAACCUAGUUAAUAUAUUGUAAAGAUGCGGGUCCUAGAAGCAAAAAAAACCAAGUUGUGCUUUUAAGUGUGCAUAGUAUACACGCACUGUGCUUGCCUGGGCUUCACCAGUGAAAUAUUCCAAAAGACGUAUUGCUCACUCGCAGCCAGAGGUUGGCAUUUGUUAACUUUUAACAAACUAUAGAAAUGUUCCCUGAAAGUAUAGUCUUGUUAACUUUUAAAUCUGUAUGUGGUCAGAGCAUAAAUUGUUGGUUUUUUAUUCUUGUCCAAAAAUGAAAUAACUUAAAACAGCAUGAGAUAAUGGUAUUUUUUAACCUCGUGUUGAUUGUUUAGAGGAAGAAGUGAAUAUAAGAUUUUAGAUAAUCAGAAGUGUCAGAAGUUGGAUGGGUAAUAACUAAAGGUGGAAUCCGGGGGAAGGAUUCAGGUGCUGCUGAGUCUAGGGAAGGGCUGGUCCCGGCCGCAGUUGGGAAUCAGGAGCGCUGCCCACAGCCCGCUGAGGAGGCCAGGAACCCUUCAUUCCUGGAAGGCUGAAGCAGCUAGAGGAUGUGAUUCACUUUUUAAAUAUUUAAUCAGGGCUAGAAUUAGGAGUAAGUUGGGGUUUAUUUUCAUUCUCGUUUUAACAGGUUCCCACUCUAUCUUAAUUCUCAAAAAUAGUCUGGCCUAAGUUAUGGAAUGGGCUGAUCUUUAGAAUCAUUGAAAUUUGGAUAUUUCUUUGUGUUCAUGUCAGGAACAUAUCUCAACUAAGUAAUAAUAAUGAUAAUAAUAAUAAUAAUGAUAAUAAUAGGGGCAAGUAAGGCUGCUCCCAGUUCCCUUCUGUCGCUUCCAAAUAUUUGGAAACAUGCCUGUAAAUAAUGUUGUGAACUUCUGAGAUAAUCAUGUAAAGGACUGCUAGACAGGUCAGGCUCUUGGACAACUUCCUCUCCCAGUUCAUGCAGUGGGGGUUCCUUUCUGAGCAGCUCGUUGCAUGGUGUGUGUUCCAGUCAAGAUCAAGCCCAGAUCUGCAGUCGGGAAACAGGCAGCGAGGCCAGUUAUACAGAAUGUAAUCUCUGGACUACCCAGCAUUUGUUGCUUGUCUUUCAUUUCAUUUUAAAAUAAAAGCUCUUCCUCUAGCUUUCACCUUAAAGUCAAGGUACUGCUACUUGCCAUGUCCCAACAGGGUAAGAAAACAAGGGACCUUGUUGGGGUCCUUGCAGCUUGGGAAGCUUGCGUUUGAUGUACUUGUACAUGAGGUACGACGACACUAGGAAGUUGCUUAAUGGGCAGUGCAAAUUAGUUCUUGCAUUACUGCAUCUAGCCAUCCCGAGUUGUCCAAGUUGCAGCAGACAUGAAGUGAUCGUUUGGAAUAAUUUCCUUUGGCCUAGAGCCACGUAGAAUUGGUCUCUGGUUAUUUGUAAACAAAGAGAACUUGCUUCCAUUUUAAGAUAAGCUAGGGAAAAGAUAUAAUUAGACAGCUUUGUCAUGUAUUAACAAAUAUUGAAAAGUUGGAAAUUUGUAUAUACUGAAAUCUACCAACUUUUUUUCUGGGGUGGGGCACAGGGGGAAAAGAGGGUUAUAUUAGGGUAAGGGUGGGGAAUGAUAAUGUUUACCACAGGUACGAAGUAGUCACUUUAACAUUGAGACCUCUGCCUCAUUGAAUUCAGGUUUUUUAAGUACUUGAAAUUCUUCAGAUUCUCCUUAUUUUAACAGUUAUUUUAAAAUUUAUGAAGUAGAAGCAUUGUUUUGUAUACUGUUUUGAAAAUAAAUAGCUUAGUCUCCUAUCCUCUUUCACUUGGGUUAAAGGUGAAGUUCUGCAAAUGGGAGAGCAUGUUCACAGUAGAAUCUCAGAUUUAAUGUACACAUUUGAGGGAGAGACUCUUGCAUGGGAUACCAGCAGCAUUUUUAUGAAUAUUUUUUAUGUAUGUUCUUUAUUUUGUCAGCCCAAGCACCUCUUCUUUCCUUUUAAUAUAUGCCUGUACAGGAAAACACAGAAAUUUGCACUUAUGUUACACUCCUGAAAUGCUGGGUGUAACCUGUGUGUUUCAAAAACCAUUUCCAUUUUUUUUCAUUGGUCCAUUGCUUAAGUGUCAAGUUCAGGUGCUUGUGGCACAUAUGUGUGAAAGGGAAGGAGAAGAGAAUUACCUGUCCUUUGGUAGCCUCUGAGAGUCAUUAACGUGCAAAUAAAAGGGAAAAGGGUGAAUAGUUGCCAAAGUCAUUUACUUGGUCCUUAGUUCUCUUAUGUGACAUUCCUGUGUCUGCAUAUUGACAAGAAAGCAGCCUCAGGUCCCAGUGCUCCCCUUUCUGCCGGCCACAGACUCCUGAUGUGUGGGAAUGGCUCUCAUUAUCCCUCACAUUACCUAGAUUAGGUAUUUGUAAGGUGUUCUUGUCAGUUUGGAAGUGGACUGGAUAAAAUUUACCUUUACUUUGUUGUCAUUUAUAUCGCUCCUUAUGACAUUUGUGCUGUCACAUGCCCUAUGUUAAAAAAGAAAAUCAUUAUUGCCACCAACAACCAAGAUGCUAAAUGAUGAGUACAUCUGGGUAAUAAUAAGAUUCUUUUUAUAUACAAGGGUGUGUGCAUAAUUGGUAUUGAUAUGAGAAAUUCAUUUGUACCCACUUGUGAUAAUUGCACAAUAAACACAGAUACCUACA